UAUACACACACUCCCUGCGUCGCAACAGCCCCAAUUCGUAGCAAGUGCUGCUUUAACAAUGAACGAUUACCAAACAUCGUUGAGUUCGCCAUGUGUCGACGAUGCCGAGGACACAAAUGGCGUUCAGGAGGUUGCAAAGGAGCUCCAAGCAAAACCGCGCUACAGAAAGUGGGUGGUACUCGACAAAACGCGACGUCUGAAAGCCAGUGCCCGUGAGAGAAAACGGCGGCACGUCCUCAACAGCGCACUGGAAAGUCUACGCAAAAAAGUACCCUGCUUCGACAGACAAAAUCCGCAAAAACUUUCGAAAAUCGAGGUGCUCCGUCAAGCAAUCGACUACAUCACAGACCUCAGCGAAUGUCUGCAAAGCGCAAAUUCUGCAACAAGUUUCACGAUGACUGCUUUGACAGCACCAAUGUUCUUCGAUCAAGCCAUGAACUACGGUAGCCAGUCGGCAUAUUCGAGUAUGUUGUACGGGAGGUCAAUGUUGAUCGAUUGCAGCUCUGGCGACCAGGAACCAAGCAGUCCCACGUUAGAGGAUUGCUUAUCUCCUGAACCGAACACACAAUAUGCCUGUUAUGACACCGCUUCAAACGAGGACUUUGAUUACGGUAUUAACGACGCUGAACUGGAUGUUUAUCUUCGCGGGUAUAAACAGUGAUAUUCAAUGCAUCUAUGAACGCUCUGAAGGCGUUUUAUGUUAGCAAUCGAUUGGACAAAGUUUGCCGUGGCAUCAGGAAGCGAUACAAAAGAAAUUGAAGAAUUAUAAUCAUUGAUUAUAAUUAUAAUAUUGUUUAAUUAAAUGAGUUCCUCGCUAAAGCUUAGUAAACGGACACCAAUCCUGCCAGGCAGAAUACUAGAGAUAUAUAUUUUAUUGAGAGAUAU